AUGACUGUCAUGAACGUCAUCCUCCUGUUGGUUAUUUUGCACUCUUGUUGUUGUGUUGAUAAUUUCGAUACUGAGAAAUGCAAGGAUCGCUUUGGAGCAAGCCUUGAUGGUAGGAAAUAAAUAUUGUGAUAUAAACUCGAACCGGGUCCGUUCCAGUGUAGGUAGUGAUAACGGGGAAGAUCGGCUCAAUGACGCAGUCUGAAUUUCAGCUCAAGAAUGAGCGCUAAACAAUUUGAUUGCGCGGUAAUAAAUGUUUGAAGCUUUUUCAAAUAAUCGUACAAACGGCUAAGUUCGGCUAAAGCGAUGCAACGUUUGCUGUGGACUAGACUUCAAGUCCGCGCAAAAUCAAAAUGUGGAUCGAGGACUUGAAAUAUAUUUGAAAUAACAUCUCAUGCGAAUAAAUCAUGCACUACUUAAAGUGAGGUGAAUUAAUUUUGAUCCAGUCCAAGGAUUGCAUUAAUUAUGAUCUCCUAGGACUAGAUCAAUAUACUUCACCAGGUAUCCAGUGUUAUCAUGUGAGCAAAAUAAAGCAAUACGGUUGGCUAAUUUACUCAUGAAUUAUUAAUGAGUUUGAGAUAGACGUGAUAAUGCUUAGUUUAACGUUGUGCUGAGCAUGACAACGCCGUUGAGAAAUGAAUAUCCCUGAGACCAUAAAUUAUUCACAGUUUUUGUCUUGCAUGACAAAUUUCUUUGUUUCGAAAGCGUUGAGCCGGCCGCGUCGUAGAUCGUAAACUCUCUAAUAACACCAGAAACUGUUGCGCAUUGACUGGAAUACCGACUACCUGAAAAAUACAAGCCAACGACUAGCUUCACGAGGGAGUGCCUUCGCUCGGAUCGUCGAAGUUUUAUUUUUCAGGUAGUCGAAUUCCUCUUAAUCGUUUCUCUCAACUGACAAACUCUUGAAACUAAUAUUGAAUACUUUAUAUUGCCAACUAAGGGGCUGUUUAUAUGGUCCCGCUUACCCGGGAUUCAACGAAGUGUGACGUAUUUUGAGCAAUUGAAAUAAGUCGCAGUUCAUGAUCUAACAAAAUUUCUUGUUACAAAUUGUAUGAAAUUCCAUGUUUUAGACAAAUAAAACAAAUGUUGUUGAAUGUUAUUAAUCGUCUUCUUCCAACAUAACUACAUCAUAACUACAUCGUCUUCUUCCAACAUAACUACAUAAUGUCGUUGAAUGUUAUUAAUCGUCUUCUUCUACAUAACUUCUAGCGCGUUCCUAAUUUCGUUUAAACAAUAUUUAAAGUUAUGUAACUUUUGUAUAGGGCUGAAACACGUAUUUCAAUUACUCAAUUUGAAUCCCGGGUAAGCGGGACCAUAUAAACAUCCCCUAAAAAGUGAUCACAUCACUGUUGCACGAGGUUUAACAAUAUCUAAUCUUUAUUCAGAAAAUUUUGCACUGUUCAAACCAACAUGGCAGACAAGUACAAAAGGCGACGCAGUUGCGUCCCGUGCCGUGGAUGGCAACACUAACCCUUACUUCGGUAACUUGAGUUGUUCUCAAACAGACCCCGCAAAUGAUUUGGUCUGGCAGGUACUGAAUAUUAUUGGUUUUUAAUGUGACCAACUUUAUAGGGACUUCGGUGGCGUAUAGUGCAUGGACCGCCCCUCCCCCCUCCCAUCGCAAGGAUCGUGUUGAGAUAACCCUAGUCUCGACUUUCCUAGAGAGGUCUGAUGAAUAUCGUGUUGUAAAAGAACAAUUAGCCAUUUCCCAAUCGAGCAGAGGACUGUCUCUAGUUUGGAGGGACAACAAGUUAUAGUGAGUGAGCUAAAUAUAUAUUAAAUAUGCUUUAUUAUAAUUGUUGCGUUUCAGGAUGCACAAAUAACUUUAGGAAUGUAGGAAAACUUCCUAGAUGCCAUAUUCGGCAUAUUGUUUAUUUUUUGUCCCUCCAAACAAGCGACUAGACCCAGUCCUCUGCUCGAAUUACACGAAUAUGCCACGGUCAAGCCACAGAGUAAAUACCAUACAGAGGUCUCACUUCUUAUUAAUUUCAGCGUAAGGAAUUUUUCCAGUCCGCCAUGUUCUUAGCAAGUGCCCUAAAGAGAGGCUGCAUCCCCCUGGAAACAUAUUAGAAUUUAAUGUCCCAGGGGGUGAAUGCCUCUCUUUAGGCCACUUGCUAAAAAGAACAUGGCCUCCAUAUAUGCGCAGUAAGAACUACCUUACGUGUUCUCGCGAAGUGAGACCUCUGUAUGGCUAGUACUUUGUGGUCAAGCCGAGCUCACUGUGCCACAGAAUAAGAAGGUACAGCAGAAGUGUAACUCAAGCAAGUAUUUGUCCGCGUUUUUACAAGCGAUUCGUCAUCAAUCACGCCAUCUGGCUAGUACAACCGGCACUUUGUAUCUACCAAAACCUGAUAAAAACUUCCGGUUGUACUAGCCAGGAUGGCGUGAGCGAGUUAAAAUUUUCGUGGACGUAAAACAAUAAGGAAAACGAGUAGAGUUACGCUUCUGCUAUAGCUUCUUAUUCUUGUGACUGUGCUUUGAAAAUCACGUAGGCACGCCGUUAAUUAUAACUGUGACCCUGCGAUACUGACCUGUGGGGGGGGGGAGUUCGCCCGUAAACAUGGGCGUACCGGAAGGAAAAAAUUAGGGGGGCGGAAAGAAAAUUGCCCGACUUUUCGUAAAAUUGCCCGACUUUUCGUGAUUUUGCCCGACUAGUACCAAAAAAUUUUUCCCGGAAAAUUUUUUUUGGCGACCUCCCCCCCCGUCGCCAAAAAAAUUUCGGUCAGUGUACCAUUUUAGGGGUCAAAAAAAUUUUCCGGACGUACCAAAUUUUUCGCAGAAUCACAUUAGUUUUCCCAAAAAAUACAUUUGCCCCAAAAUUGACUAAAUUUUUGAAAAAAAUUACAGAGUUUGUCCGAUUUUUUUUUAUUACAACCCAAAAUUGCCCGACUAUUAAUCGAAUAUUGCCCGACUGCCCAAAAAACUGGGGGGGCGGCCGCCCCCCCCCGCCCCCCCGCCCGGUACGCCUAUGCCCGUAACCCACAGAAAUCCCACCUACGGCAUGCACUAACCACAAUAUUACAAACAACCGUUUUAGGUUGACCUUCAGGAAGACAUAUACGUGACCUCUGUAACCAUAACAACCAGAGCUGACCAAUACUGGUCAAGUUCGGAUUCCUAUCAUGUUUAUGGCUUACUUGUUAAUGGUGGCAGUUUGCAGGAAUGGAAGUGUGCUGAGGGUUUUUUUCCUAAUACCGGAGAAACCAAAUCAGUGACGUGUCACAUGCCCAAGAAGAGCAACAAAGUACGUAUCCAGCUUCUCAAACCGGAAGGAAUACUUUCACUUUGUGAAGUCGAAGUUCAUGGAAGGAAAUUUGAUUAUUAUGAAUACGAAGGUAUGAUGAUUUUGAUAAUUACGUCAUGAGUACUUACUUAGGAACCUCGCUUUCAUAAAUCAAGACGCAAGGCAAUUAGCCCUUCUCACGAUGACGAAUAUCCGCCAUUUUUGGGUGGCAUCUAAUUCUCGUUAACCAAUGCAGACAACAAUUAAAACGAUGUGAAAAGCAAUUUUUCAGAACAAACUAGCCAUUUACAGAGCAAAUUUACCAUCAUUCGCCCAAAAAAUUAUAAAAAGUCGCUGUUAUGUGGACUUAUCUGCAGACUGCGGCUGAAAAGCCACCCAAAAAUGGCGGCGCGAGAAAGACUAUUUAUGCUCACGAUUUAUGUGAGAAUGAAGCCCGCGGGUGAACGAAUGACUGACAAUAUCCGUGCUGCCAACAAAAUGACACGUUCUACGUUGGGGGUACUGGGAGAAUUGAAAUAUCAGCAUAUCGUUCGCAAUCAUGAUAAACUCCAUUGAAUAUUUAUUCAUAUAAAUACUCAAUAAAGUUUCCUUGAUAGACAGCGGGUAAAUGCAUGUUUUCCAAGGAUCUCGUCAUAUAGAGCGUUUGCGCUCAUUCCCCAGGGAGCAACUCAACAGAAGUCAUGGUGUUCCAGACAAAAGAGUCUAAUUAAAAUUCUUUUGAAUUGGAACAACAUGGCGACUGUGGCGGGUUAGGGUUAGGGUUGAGGUUAGGGUUAGGGUUAGGGGUUAGAGUAGGGGUAGGGUUUGGGUUAGUUACAUAGCCAUUUAACACCUCUUCCAUCUUCCGAAAAUGAAGUCAGGUCAAGUUUGCUGGAUGGAAAAUAGUGCUAACCUGGCCCAGACGGGAUAAAAUGCUCUCUGAACCAAUACAAUACAAUGUGCGUAGGUAGUGACAAUGAUACUAGAAAGCUGUGGAUUUUGAGGGAUUUAACUGCCUGGAAAAUACAAAACCACCUAACUUCCCAACAAAGAGCCUGCGCUCGAAACAUCGCAGUUGUAUAUUUCAGGUAGUUGAAUGGACCAUUCCCCAAUUAACCAAAAUUUUGAUCUCAAUAAGUCUAGACAAAAAUUCCACCACAGCUUGAAAGAGCAUUACAAAAUUAGUAAUAUUCCAAAGUUUCCUUGCAAAAUGUUGUAAAAUGCGGAUAAUAUAGCCUUGCGAAGUUUGCAAUUUUCAGUCAUUUUAGAUUACAAACGGGAAACGGUUACCACUUCUGUGCGUAAUACAAAAUGACUGAAACUUACAAACUUCGCAAGGUUAUAUUAUCCGCAUUUUACAACAUUUUGCAACGAAACUUUGGAAUAUUACUAAUUUUGUGAUGCUCUUUCAAGCUGUGAUGAAAUUUUUGUUUAGGCUAGUUAAGAUUAAAAUUUUGGAAAAGUGGUAACCAUUUCCCGUUUGUAAUCUAAAAUGAUUGAAAAUUGCAAAUUUCGCAAGGCUAUAUUAUCCGCAUUUUACAACAUUUCUCAACGAAACUUUGGAAUAUUACCAAUUUUGUGAUGCUCUUUCAUGCUAUGAUGGAAUUUUGUCCAGACUUGUUGAGAUCAACAUUUUGGUUAAUUGGGGAUUGGUUCAUUCCUCUCAAGCUUUCUGAACCAAUACCUACUUGUAUUGUGUAGUCUCUAACUUUAUUCUAUCUUGAUUUUUUUGUUUCAGUGAAUUAUGCAUUACGACAAACUGGUAGGCAAUCGACUGUAUUCAUCGAGGACAAGAAUCCGUAUCCGGCGAUAUUAGCAUUAAAUGGCGAUCGUAAUACCUACCUUUAUGACAGUUCAUGUAUGCAUACCAGCACCGCGUCAUAUCCUGCAUAUUGGAGCGUUGAUUUGGGCAAGGUCAUCACGGUCAACGCAGUCACGUUAACCAGUAUGGAUCUACCUCGUUAUUUACCCAGAAUUGCAGACUUUGAUCUAAGGAUUGGUUUCGCUGAAAAGAACGAUGACGAGAAUUACGAAAAUUGUGUCGGACAUAUCUUAGGAUUCGGAAGCGCUGAAACCCGUACGAUAUUCUGCAAAAACCCAACGCGUGGGCGUUAUGUGACUAUAGUAUCUUUUGUCAAUGAUUUCUUUCAUCUUUGCGAGGUAUCUGUGCAUGGAGACGAACUGGGUAAGUAUUAUUGGGUGAUAUCACAGAUGCGAUUAGCCCCUUACCGCCAAGUUAAGAUUUUGUUUUAUUUAAAACGUUAUUUAUAGUGACGCUAGCCCCUUCAGCAGAAGCUGGUUUCAAUUGGGUGGGGUGGUGAGGGUUGGCAUACAUAUAAAAACAUUGACAAUUAUACAAAACAUAUAACUACAAUAACAAAUAAAUAAUUAUUAAGAUUGAUGCAAAGUCGUGGUGUGACACAGCUAAUCGAGAACUGGACGGAUUAUUGACUUUUAAACCAUUUUAAAGGCAUACAUCGAUGGAGCCUGUCUGACAUCAGCCAUUCCAUAACUCAGAGCCGCUGUGUUUGCAAUUUUUUUGAGAAAUUCUUUUUUCGGCAUUGGAAGUGAAAGAAUUUAUAUUAUUAUAUCUGCGAUCUUUUGCUGUUUGCUGAUAUCACUUCUCGAAAUAAACAUUUGUUUCAAAUUGGGGCGUUGGGGUUAAAGUUGAUUUGGGCAGGUCACAUCUUACAUUAUGAGGUUUGCAAGAGAGCAGAUCAAGGACGUCAGCAGAAGCUCAGAAAAAGCGUGCUUCUGUAAGACGAGGUUAGAUUAUUACUAAGGUUGCAUAAGUUCUCUGUACUUUAUAAUUAGCUCUGUGAAUCAGCGUGAUACUAGUAUCGCGUGACAUAUAGUGCGAUUGAAGCCACUCUAGUUACUGACUCAGAUUCACUUCAAACGUGGGACUGUAUUUUUUAAAUAUAUUUAUUCAGUACAAAUAUUUACACUUGUUUAGUGCACGUCGUUUCGCAAUGAAUGAUGUUGCUUGGGAAUUACCCAACACGUCUGGAAGUAGCCAUUUAAUAUUUUUACUUUUCUAGAAUGCAUGGCACCAGAACCAUUUGGUUUCGAAACUUUUAAGAUUCAAGAUUCACAAUUUAAUUCUUCGUCAUUCCAUGAUUCAAAGCACGGGCCUGAAAAUGCUCGGUUAAACUUUCGUGGUACUCAAAACCCACAACGUACUGCAGGGUGGGUUGCACAGAACAGUGAUUCUGAACCAUGGAUCGAGAUUGAUCUAUUGUGGAUAGUUACAGUGACUGGCGUUUUAACUCAAGGUCGUGCUCAAUAUAAUCAGUGGGUUACCAGUUAUUCUAUAUCCAGCAAGGUUGAUGGAAUGACAUUCCAGUUUUAUGUGGAAGAAGGUCAGAAAAAGGUAUGGCCAAAACAGUGUUUUUGAAAGUAGAACUAGAUUUUUAAUGUUUUUUAUUUACAAACUUUGUCGCAAACUAGUUCCCUAGAUUAAAAAUUAAAGUAACUAAAUAAACUUCAUCCAGUCCUAAGACUUGAUCAAACUUCAUCCAGUCCUAGAACUUGAUCAAACUUCAUCCAGUCCUAGGACUUGAUCAAACUUCAUCCAGUCCUAGAACUUGAUCAAACUUCAUCCAGUCCUACACUCUAAAAACACUCUGGUUAAAUUUGGAUUGAUUCAACCAGGAUGGGGUUAAAAAUCCACCUACACAAUCUUGGUUGAAAAAAUUAAACCAUUUUCCUGGUUAAAAGUCCAAAGAAGUAUGGCCAGAUUUUUGUUGAAUCAAUAAUUUUUAACCAGGAAAUCAGUUAAUUUAACCAGGAAAUUAGUUAAUUUAACCAUGAAUGUGCUAGGUAGUUUAUUGAUCCAGUUCCUGGUUGAAUUUAACCAGAGUGUUUUUAGAGUGUAGAACUUGAUCAAACUUCAUCCAGUCGUAGGACUUGAUCAAACUUCAUCCAGUCCUAGAACUUGAUCAAACUUCAUCCAGUCCUAGAACUUGAUCAAACUUCAUCCAGUCCUAGAACUUGAUCAAACUUCAUCCAGUCCUAAGACUUGAUCAAACUUCAUCCAGUCCUAAGACUUGAUCAAACUUCAUCCAGUCCUAAGACUUGAUCAAACUUCAUCCAGUCCUAGGACUUGAUCAAACUUCAUCCAGUCCUAAGACUUGAUUAAACUUCAUCCAAUUCUAAGACUUGAUCAAACUUCAUCCAGUCCUAAGACUUGAUCAAACUUCAUCCAGUCGUAGGACUUGAUCAAACUUCAUCCAGUCCUAGGACUUGAUCAAACUUCAUCCAGUCCUAAGACUUGAUUAAACUUCAUCCAGCCCUGAGACUUGAUCAAACUUCAUCCAGUCCUAAGACUUGAUCAAACUUCAUCCAGUCGUAGGACUUGAUCAAACUUCAUCCAGUCCUAGGACUUGAUCGAACUUCAUCCAGUCCUAGGACUUGAUCGAACUUCAUCCAGUCCUAAGACUUGAUCAAACUUCAUCCAGUCCUAGGACUUGAUCAAACUUCAUCCAGUCCUAGGACUUGAUCAAACUUCAUCCAGUCCUAGGACGUAUCAUACUUCUUUCAGUCCUAGUACUUGAUCAAAACUUCAUCCAGUCCUCCUAAGAUUUUAUCAAACUUCAUCCAGUCCUAGGACUUGAUCAAACUUCAUCCAGUCCUAGGACUUGAUCGAACUUCAUCCAGUCCUAAGACUUGAUCAAACUUUAUCCAGUCCUGGGACUUGAUCAAACUUCAUCCAGUCCUAGGACUUGAUCAAAACUUCAUCCGGUCCUAGGACUUGAUCAAAACUUCAUCCGGUCCUAGGACUUGAUCAAACUUCAUCCAGUCCUAGGACUUGAUCAAACUUCAUCCAGUCCUAGGACGUAUCAUACUUCUUUCAGUCCUAGUACUUGAUCAAAACUUCAUCCAGUCUUCCUAAGAUUUUAUCAAACUUCAUCCAGUCCUAGAACUUGAUCAAACUUCAUCCAGUCCUAAGACUUGAUCAAACUUCAUCCAGUCCUAGGACUUGAUCAAACUUCAUCCAGUCCUAAGACUUGAUCAAACUUCAUCCAGUCCUAGGACUUGAUCAAACUUCAUCCAGUCCUAGGACGUAUCAUACUUCUUUCAGUCCUAGUACUUGAUUCAAACUUCAUCCAGUCCUCCUAAGAUUUUAUCAAACUUCAUCCAGUCCUAGAACUUGAUCAAACUUCAUCCAGUCCUAAGACUUGAUCAAACUUCAUCCAGUCCUAGGACUUGAUCAAACUUCAUCCAGUCCUAAGACUUGAUCAAACUUCAUCCAGUCCUAGGACGUAUCAUACUUCUUUCAGUCCUAGGACGUAUCAUACUUCUUUCAGUCCUAGUACUUGAUCAAAACUUCAUCCAGUCCUCCUAAGAUUUUAUCAAACUUCAUCCAGUCCUAGAACUUGAUCAAACUUUAUCCAGUCUUAAGACUUGAUCAAACUUCAUCCAGUCCUAGGACUUGAUCAAAACUUCAUCCGGUCCUAGGACUUGAUCGAACUUCAUCCAGUCCUAGGACUUGAUCAAACUUCAUCCAGUCCUAGGACUUGAUCAAACUCCAUUCAGUCCUAAGACUUGAUCAAACUUCAUCCAGUCCUAGGACUUGAUCAAACUUCAUCCAGUCCAAGGACUUAUCAAACUUCAUCCAGUCCUAAGACUUGAUCAAACUUCAUCCAGUCCUAAGACUUGAUCAAACUUCAUUCAGUCUAACUACUUGGUUAAUUAUUACCUCAUUAAUAUUAACAAUAUUAUAUUUGGAAAUAACCUAUAUAGAUCUUCACUGCAAAUAGUGACAGGGAUACCAUUAUUCGUCACAAUCUGAGGCCAGCGGUUGUGGCAAGAUGGUUCCGUGUUCAUCCAGUUACAUGUGUCAGUUAUUGUGCGAUGCGACUGGAAUUGAUUGGUUGUCAAAAUGGACUUUAUGGUAAGCGUAAUAUUGCAGUGAUAAUUUGCUUAUUUACAAAUUUUGUCAAAUGUGAUGAGCUUGUUGCUCCACAAGGAUAAUUGUUUAAGAACAUGCCAUCUAGUCGGGACCCAGUGUUCAGAAUGUUCCUUUGUCUUUUCAUUGUUUUGAAAAUCCCACUGUUCUCCAUGUCAUGAUCCAGUAAUGUUCCACAAGUCUCUCAUUGUUAUUUGGAAAUUCACAAAGUUUCCCUGUUUGUGUGCAGGUACCAGACCUCCGCAGGCGCUAGGUAUGGCCAAUGGUCAGAUACUUGAUGCUCAACUGAGUGCAUCAUCAAGCGAUGCUGAUUGGGAACCGAAACAUGCGCGAUUACAAUCCAACGGAAACGGUUGGGCUGCUACGACACCAGCAGGUUCCUGGCUACAGGUAAAGUUACCGACGCAAUAUUUAGAAAAUUUAGUCAAUAAUAAAUGA